AUGGUCGCAAGCUCGAGAGAAAAGAUGAAGGCUAUUGUUAUGAACGAAUUCGUCAAUGGCCUUAAUGAAAUCAAGGUCUCACAUGUCGACCGGCCAAUCUUUACAGCAGACCGCUAUUUCAUCCAAGUCAAGGCCGCCGGGGUGAACUUUGUCGAUACCCUCUAUGCCAGGGGAAAACACCAAAACAACCGAUCCCUGGUACGGCCGCCUUUCACACUAGGUCUCGAGUUCUCCGGCAUCAUCCUCUCAUCCCCGCCUACCUCCGAAUUCCGUCCCGGCGAUAGAGUCUUCGGAGGCAGCACAGGCUCCUACAGCGAAAUCAUCUCACUCGACGCCUCAACGCCCCUACAUCGCAUCCCCCCUCAAUGGACAUUCGCUCAAGCCGCCGGGCUAGCCGCCACGCUCCCCGUCUCCUACGCAGCGCUCGUCCAGGCUGGUAUAAAAGCCGGCCAGACCGUCUUGAUCCACGCCGCUGCCGGCGGGCUCGGUCUGAUGGCCCUUCAGGUUGCCACGGCUGUGGGAUGCCGGGUGAUAGGGACGGCGGGCUCAUUCGAGAAGUGCGACGUUGCUCGACGUUCGGGAGCUGAUGUUUGCAUCAACUACACCGAGGACGCGGCGUGGUGGGAUCGUGUGCUGGAGCUGACCGAUGGAAAGGGUGUCGACGCUAUUUUUGAUCCCGUCGGCCUCGUCGACCGAAGCUUAAAGUGCAUUGCUCACAGAGGCAAGAUACUGAUCGUAGGCUUCGCUGGGAUCAAGGACGACAUGGAGAAAAUAGCCAUGAAUAGAGUUCUACUUAAACAGGUUUCUCUGAUCGGUUAUCGAUACGGCGAGAGCUUACGACGGCAUCCUGAAGAGGAAAAGGCCAUUUGGGACCAGCUGCGACCGUUGAUGGAAACCGAUAAAAUCCGGCCUGUCAUCUAUCACGCUGAGUAUCCUGGUCUUGAACAUGUCCCUAGGGCUCUCAAAGACAUGGCAAGCCGCAAAAUUUGGGGCAAAGCAGUCGUCACUUUGGAUAACGACAUUAGUGGUCGGCCUGUGACAAAGCUAUGA